AUGGCAUUUUAUACAAUUGAGAAGGACACAUCGCUAAUGCCAAUUAAAUGCUGGCAACGUUGCUCUUGUUUAGAUAAAAAAUAUUUAGAAAUUAGUGGAAGAUGUGUCGAAAUAUCAUUUGUGGAUGCGAAUGGACCUUCGCAGAAAAAAACGUAUCUAUUAAACAAAGUGGUAAAUGAUUUUGAAUGUCGUAUGGUCGGUAGAAGUUGUGGAGAAAAUAUGGUGUUCGAAAUAAUUUCGAAACUUAAUGGAUCUUGCGUCGACAAAUGUGUUUGUGCUUAUAAUUUUGUGCAAAAUAAUAUAGGAUGCGACCGGUGUGAUUGGGAUGAAGAUGAUGCGAAUGAUAAUGAUUUAAACAAUUUAUAUGCUAGCCUACCAGUUCCUAUAACUGUACGAUUGGGCCAAAGGAUUUAUGAUAAAAGAUGUAUUAUAAGUGGCCAAACUUGUGGUAUCAAUAUGGUCUUCGAAGCCAUCAAUAAUGUGAAAAACGCAUAUUGUAUCCAAAAAUGCGUAUGUGAUCACUAUUCAAAAGAAAAAAAUGGAGAAUGUAUCGCAAAACGUAAUUCAGAGUGUGCCAAAAAUCUAAGAAAAGCAUUGAAAAUGAGGAAAGAGAAAGAAAUAAGGUGUAUUCGAACUAGAACAUGCAAGCUGAACGAAAUAUUUUACGAAAUACAAUGCAUACUACAAGAAUAUUCCUGUGGACCAAAUAUGCAACUGGUUGUUAUUGACAAAAGGCCCUCCAAUAAUGUCAAUCGUUGGAAAUGUGUCAUGCAAUGUCAAUGUGUCUAUGGAUAUAUUGAAACAAGCAAUCGAUGCUCUGAAAUAAUCAAAGGAGUGAAAGAGAGGAUGAAUUGCAUGCGUGGAAGAUGUAUGCUUAAUGAAGUAGUUCAAGAUAACGGUUGUUCAUUGAAAGAUCAAUUCUGUGGACGAAACAUGAAAUUCACUUUAAUCAAACAAUCCAUGAAGAAUAAUCAUAUAUCGUGUAUUGUGCAGUGCAAAUGUGCAGAAGGAUUUGAGGAAGAAAAUGGCCAAUGCAGAAAGCAUAAGAAUUCUUGUUUGGAAAACGGUUGUAAAGCGGGGAUGACAAUUCAUGAUGAAGGAUGCCAUUUGACUGGAGAGAAAUGUGGAAACAAUAUGGUAUUCACGAUGGUCAAUAGUGGAGUGUAUAUAGGAAAAGAAUAUAAUGUUGGUGAAGAAAUUUCUGAUCUCGGUUGUCGUUUAAGAAAUUUCCAAUGUGGAACCAAUAAGAAAUUCAUUGUUGUAGGAGAAUAUUCUGCCAAACACAAUCCAAACAUUAAAGGAUGUAUCGAACGGUGUAGUUGUAUCAUGGCGGGACCUGGUGACUGCAUGCAUAAUUUUUAA